AUGAGAGAAAAGAGUAAACCAUUUAGAAGUCUGACAGUUGAUACCACUAGUGCGACUUGCAAUGGAUCAACUACAACGACAACCACUACAACGACGACAGCAACUGUGACAAUGUCUAUAAAGAGUGAACCUACAGCUUUAAUCAUUCAACAACAGAAUAAACAAAAGAAACGAUCUUCGUCUUCAUCCAACAACAACAACAAUAACAAUAACAAUAACAACAACAAUAAUAAUAACAAUAACAAUAAUAAUUUCGAUAGUAAUAAUAACUAUCCUAUAGCAACAACAAAAUUUACAAGACGUACUGCCAGUCUGUAUAACAAGUCAGAGACAGGCGGUGCCAACUCUGCAUCCAAGAGUGGAGGUGAGGAGUCAGAUUAUCAUACUUCAGAGAUGGAAGAGGAAGACAAGAGUCUAGGUGAGGAGUCGAUGAACGAAGAAGACGAGACACCAUCUUCAACCAACUAUCUCAGAGGUAAACGUAGACAAGCACAACAACUGAAUAACCAAAAACAGCAACAACAACAACAGCAGCAGCAACAACAACAAAUAGAUCAAACAUUAGAUGAUUCAAGUGUAGAGAGAACCGAAGAAGAAAAAGAAGAACAAUCAUUAAGCUCCGUUCAAAAGCAAAUCUUGAGAGCAUUGAGAGCAAACAAUGGAUCAGCACAUUUAUCAACAAUUCAAGCAUUUUUAUCAGAUAAAUGGAAAAAACUGAGGAAAAGAGAUGGAUCGAGAUAUACGUAUGAUCACAAACGUGUCAUUGCAGCGUCACUGUCAAAUACAUCUUCGAUCAAUCCACUGUUCCAACGUGACACUGACAAGGGUGAAGGAUGGUGGAUGAUUGGUGCUCGUGGAAAAACAAUCGAUCUGGCCGAUGUCACCGACGACGAGGACAAGAAAUCAUCGGAGGCCGACGAUGACAACACCUGCAGCAGUAACAAUGAAAUAUCAUCGAGUGAGACAAUGGCCAUUGUCAAAGAGGAGAAAGAGAAGGAGAAGGAGAAAGAUAAAGAUAAACAAAAGGAGAAAGAACUAUCAACCACCAACACAAACACCAACAACAUCGACCAAUCGAAUGCAACAUCUUCAUCAGCAGCUACAUCAAUGUCGUCAAUAGAGGAAUCGAAUAACAACAAUAACAAUAGCGAUGAUUCACCGUCAUCUGUAAAGUCUGCAACAACCACUCCAUUGUCAUUGUCAUCGUCAAAGAUAAAGAUUGAAUCGACGUCGACUUCUUCAUCGACGAGCAAUAGCAGCAACGAAUUGGACGAGACAGAGACAAAGAAUGACAGUGUGGCAGCGCCACAAACCGCCAGCUCGACCACACCACAAAAGACCACAAAGAUCAGCAUACUCCCACUGAGUAGAAAGAAGCGAACCUCUGUCCAAUCGAAACAAGAACCAUCACCGCCAGACACUCCUGCAGUCACAGCCAAAGAGGAGACAUCCUCAGAGUCGAUUGAAGUCAACAGUGCUGAACUAUCAAGUAGUAAUAAUAACAAUAACAACAAUACUCAAACAACAACAACCAACCAUAGUAAUAAUAAUAAUAAUAAUAGUAAUAGUAAUAGUACCAAUGGUAACACUCACACUCCAAUCAGACGUAAAUUCAGUAAUAGAAAACGAAAGCAAGCAGGCGAUGAAACAUCGGAUACCACUUCACCACCACUCAAUAUCGAAGAUGAUAAGAUGGCAAUUGACGAUGCCAGUGGAAAUUCACCUUCAUCGUCCACCACCACAACCACCACCAGCAACACUGUCGAUUCAACGUCGUCACCGACCGUCAAGAACGAGAGUCCCAACGAUGCAUCAUCGGAAACAUCAUCAACAACAACAUCAACCACCACCAAACCAAUUCUACCGACAAAACGUGGUGCAAAGAAAGGCAAACUCUCACCGGAAAUCGAUACAAACAAUAGCAACAACAAUAACAGCAACAGUACGACGAUUACUAUCAGUAGCAAUCGACCGAUACGAGGCGGAAGAAAAAGCAAACAAACGACCAAACCAUUUAAGCUACAAAACUCUGAUGAAGAGGAUGCCUCGACGAAAACAUCCGAUCAGAAUCCGCCAUCCGACGAAUCCAAUGAUGAGCGAGACACAAACAUGUCUGAUGAUUCUGAAUCGUCCGAUGAAAACGGUCUUAUCGACGGUCCAACGCAUGUCUUGGAUCUAGCGGCAAUGGCACUACAGGAGAACGGUGGUUCUUGUUCACUUUCAGAUAUAGUAGAGUAUACAAAACAAGAAAGCAUAUUUUAUUCCCAUGAUUCACAACUUCCACUUUAUAUUCCAACAAACCAAUUUCAAAUGGCUCGCUCGCUCAUCAAAACCCAAACAACAACCAACAACAACAACAACAUAAAAGAAAAAGUUAAAUGA